CGGAGGCGGGGCGUCCGGACACGCGUCCCUCUCCGCGCAUGCGCGCCGCCAGCCCAGCAAUGGCUGCGCCCGAGACGUCGUUGAGGAAGCGGAAAACCGGGGACGCGGACCCCGCGCCAGGGUCGCCGCCCGCUGAGGGCCGCGAUUCCGCGGACAGCCCGGCCCGCCUCCGCCCGGGCACCUUCUGGCUGACCAGGAUCGUGCUCCUGAAGGCCCUGGCUUUCGUUUACUUCGUGGCGUUCUUGGUGGCUCUCCAGCAGAACAAGCAGCUGAUUGGCAACAGGGGCCUGCUGCCCUGCAAAGCGUACCUGACCAACAUCCAGCGCUACUUCCAGGGCCGGCGCGGCUGGGAGGCCCUGAGCUCCGUCCCGACCGUCUUCUGGCUGCUGGACUGGUCAGACAUGAACUUCAACCUGGACCUCCUGGCGCUGCUGGGCUUGGGCAUCUCGUCGUUCGUCCUGAUAGCUGGCUGCGCCAACAUGGUCCUCAUGGCCGCCCUCUGGGUGCUCUACCUGUCCCUGGUCAACGUGGGGCAGGUCUGGUAUUCUUUCGGAUGGGAGUCCCAGCUCCUGGAAACGGGGUUCCUGGGGGUGUUCCUGUGCCCGCUGUGGACCCUGGCGCCCCUGCCCAGGCGCAGCCCCACGUCCCGCGUCGUGCUGUGGGGCUUCCGAUGGCUGGUGUUCAGGAUCAUGCUCGGCGCGGGCCUGAUCAAGAUCCGGGGGGACACGUGCUGGCGAGACCUCACCUGCAUGGACUUCCACUACGAGACGCAGCCGGUGCCCAACCCGAUGUCCUACUACCUGCACCGGUCGCCCUGGUGGUUCCACCGCUUCGAGACGCUCAGCAACCACUUCCUGGAGCUGGUGGUGCCCUUCUUCCUCUUCCUGGGCCGCCGCAUGUGCAUCCUGCACGGGCUGCUGCAGAUCCUGUUCCAGGUGGUGCUCAUCGUGAGUGGGAACCUGAGCUUCCUGAACUGGCUGACCAUCGUGCCCAGCCUCGCCUGCUUUGACGACGCCACCCUGGGGCCGCUGUUCCCCUCUGGGCUGCGCAGCCUCAAGUGCCGGGUCCUGGCGGUGCAGCAGGAGGACGCCCGUGGGGCCGGGCCCCGGCCCAGACUUGGCUGUCUGGUGCGGCGGGCGGCCAACCUCUCGCUGGGCGUCCUGGUGGCCUGGCUCAGCGUCCCCGUGGUCCUCAACUUGCUGAACAGCAAGCAGAUCAUGAACACCUCCUUCGGCCCGCUAAGGAUCGUCAACUCCUACGGGGCCUUCGGGAGCAUCACCAAGGAGCGGACAGAGGUGAUCCUGCAGGGUACAGCCAGCCCCAACGCUAGCGCCCCCGACGCCGUGUGGGAGGACUACGAAUUCAAGUGCAAGCCGGGGGACCCCCGGAGACGGCCCUGCCUCAUCUCCCCGUACCACUACCGCCUGGACUGGCUCAUGUGGUUCGCGGCCUUCGGGACCUACGAGCACAACGAGUGGGUCAUCCACCUGGCCGGCAAGCUCCUCGCCAACGACCCCGAGGCCCUGUCCCUGCUGGCGCUCAACCCCUUCUCCGGCAGAGACCCUCCCAGGUGGGUCCGAGGAGAGCACUACAGGUACAAGUUCAGCCGCCCCGGGGGCAGACACGCCGCCGAGGGCAAGUGGUGGGUGCGGAAGCGGAUCGGCCCCUACUUCCCGGCGCUCAGCCUGCGCGACCUGCAGGACUACUUCAGGGCCCGAGAGUGGCCGCACCCGAGGCUGGCCAGGCACGCGGCGUGAAAUAAAGACAGAAGACCCGC